UAUUAUUAUUAUCACAUUCAAUAAUUUUCAUGUUACCAUUAAUUCAUUUCAGCAUUUCUUCUGGUCAACAAAACUCAAAACCUGGAAUUUUCUUGAAAUAUUUUACACAGUGUUCUUCUCUUCUGCAUCUCCCUUCUUCUUCCUGGCUAUAUCCCAAAAUCCAUCCAGUUAACAGAGAAUAGAUUCUCCCACCAAAAAAAGAAACAAAAAAUGGGAGUUUCCCGAUUUACCCUUCUCCCUCUUCUCCUCACCGUCUCCUCCUUCCUCCUCCACCUCUCUGCCGCCGAAAUGACCGGAAGCUUCAAGUGCGGCGGCGGAAGAUCUGCCACGUGCAGCUCUCUCGUGGGUUUCGCGCCGCAGAACGCGACCACCCUCGGUGACCUCCAAGCCCUCUUCUCCGCCAGGGAUCUCCAGUCUAUCUUGGCCGCGAACGAUCUCCCUCUCUCCACCCCACGGAACCAGCGAUGGAGCGCGAACCAGACGAUCAGAAUCCCCAUCCCCUGUUCCUGCUCCAACGGCACGGGAAUCUCCAACCGCGUCCCGACAUACACCGUAAAGGUCGGCGACACCUUGUCCGGGAUCUCGUCGGUCGUGUUCAGAGGGCUGGUUCAGUUCCAGAGCAUCGGGGAUGUGAACGGGAUCAAGGACGUCGACGUCAUCGAAGUGGGUCAGAGGCUGUGGAUUCCGUUGCCUUGCAGCUGCGACAAGGUGGAUGGUGAGGAUGUUGUUCAUUACGCCCACGUGGUGGAACCUGGAAGCUCUGUCGAAAAAAUCGCGGCUCAGUUCGGUACGGACAACGCGACGCUGCUGAGGCUCAAUGGAAUCUCCGGCGACAGCGAGCUUCUUGCUAAUUAUGCUUUCGAUGUCCCUCUCAGAGUUUGCAGCUCUUCAGUGAGGAACGACUCACUGGACAGUCCGAUGCUUGUAGUGAACGGCUCGUACACCAUCACUGCCAACAACUGCGUCAAGUGUUCCUGCAAUGCUUCCAGAAACUGGACGUUAAGUUGCGAACCGUCUCAGCUUAAGCCAGCGAACUGGCAGACUUGCCCUUCCAUGCAAUGCCAAGGACAAAAGAGCUUGCUCAUUGGCAACACGACCUCGAGCUCUUGCGGACCUCGUUCAUGCGCUUACGCUGGUUUCUCCAACCAGACCAUCUUCACUACCCUCUCUCCAGAUUCUUGUCCAGGGUCUCGUUCGGGGAACCAUGGCUCAAGGUUCCACUCGGACUGGAAAUUCUCGGUCGUGUCUGUUCAGUUGGUGCUCCUCUGUCUUCAUCUUCUCUGGUAAAAAGUGAUUUCAACGGCUCCUGUUUUGCGAUGGUCCUCUUGUUCAUUCUCGAGGCUUAUGUUUUGCUCAUUUGCUUGUUAAUUUAUGUAUGUCCAAUUCAGUUCCAAUCCAAAAAAACAAUGUGUGUAUACUGAACUAUCUUUACCAAAAUGUCCUUAGAGAA